AGUUUAAACUGCAAAGUCGGGAAGGAGACGGAAGAAGAAGAAGAUGGCAGCUGCAACUAAAACUCCUCGUAAAUGUGUGCCGAAGAAGCCCUUCAAAGAUAUUUUGAAGGACCCUGUUGGGGUGUACUGCCGUGUGCGCCCCGUGAGUGUGCCGGACCAAGAGUGCUGCAUAGAGAUUAUCAGCAGCACAACAGUCCAGGUUCACCCUCCCGAAGGGUACCGCAUUGCUCGCAAUGGGGAGUACAAAGAGGUCCAGUAUUCUUUUAAAGAAGUGUUUGGCACCACCUCUGUUCAGAAAAAGGUGUUUGAUGUGGUUGCUCGGCCUUUGGUGGAAGAUCUUAUCCAUGGGAAAAACGGCCUGCUUUUCACCUAUGGCGUCACAGGGAGCGGGAAGACCCACACCAUGACAGGCUCCCCCGGGGAAGGCGGGCUGCUUCCACGCUGCUUAGACAUGAUCUUCAACAGCAUCGGGCCUUUCCAGGCCAAACGAUAUGUUUUCAAGCUUGACGACAAGAACGGGGUCGAUAUCCAGUGCAAUGUGGAUGCCUUGCUGGAGCGGCAGAAGAGAGACGUGCUCCAGACCCCCAAAACUCCAUCGAGCAAGCGGCAAAUAGACCCCGAAAUUGCUGACAUGAUUAAUGUGCAAGAUAACUGCAAAGCAAGAGAAAUCGACGAAGACAACGUCUACAGCAUCUUUGUCUCCUACAUCGAGAUCUAUAAUAACUACAUUUAUGACCUCUUGGAUGAAACCCCCAUCGACCCCACCAAGCCAAAGUGGAACACCUGUGGCACUCCAGGACGCAACGUUGAAUUUUUGGUUCCACAAUCCAGAAUUCUCCGGGAAGAUCAGAACCACAACAUGUACGUGGCAGGAUGCACAGAGGUGGAAGUCAAGUCUACCGAGGAAGCCUUUGAGGUCUUCUGGAGAGGUCAAAAGAAGAGGCGCAUUGCGAACACGCAGCUGAAUCGAGAGUCAAGCCGUUCACACAGCGUCUUCCUGAUCAAAUUGACCCAGGCGCCUUUGGAUGCGGAUGGUGACAAUGUUCUGCAGGACAGAGAACUGAUCACCCUGAGCCAGUUAUCUUUGGUCGACCUGGCAGGAAGCGAGCGAACAAACAGAACGAAAGCCGAAGGAAACAGACUGCGGGAGGCUGGUAACAUCAAUCAGUCUCUGAUGACGCUCAGAACCUGCAUGGAAGUCUUGCGGGAAAACCAAACAUAUGGCACCAAUAAGAUGGUCCCUUAUCGAGACUCAAAGUUGACACAUCUUUUCAAAAACUAUUUCGACGGGGAAGGGAAAGUGCGCAUGGUUGUCUGCGUCAACCCAAAGGCUGAAGACUAUGAUGAGAGCCUACAAGUCAUGCGAUUUGCAGAGCUCACUCAGGAAGUGGAGGUGGCCAGGCCUGCCGACAAGCCUCUCUGUGGGCUGAUGGCCGGCCGGCGCUUUAAGAACCAGGCCUUUCAGGAAGACCUCUCCCGGCAGCUGCAGCUCCGAGGAGGACCAAUCAAUGGGGAUAGUGGAAAGUCCGCCAUGGAGGCACUCCUGCAGAACUUUCCCCCAUUGCCGUCCUGCGAACUUCUUGACAUCAACGAUGACCAGACUCUUCCUCGGCUGAUCGAAGCACUGGAAAAGCGCCAUCAAGCCCGGCAGGCAAUAAAGGAAGAAUUUGCCAAAAAUGUUCUUUCCAUAAAGGGCACGUUGCAAGAACUUGAUGCCAACAUUGUUGCUCGAGAGAACUACGCGCACUUAAAAAUUGUUGAAAAGGACAAGAUCAUCUCAGGGCAAAAAGCAGAAGUCGAGCGCCUGGAGAAGAAAACCAAAACACUUGAAUACAAGAUUGACAUCUUGGAGAAAACCACCACAAUCUAUGAGGAAGAGAAGCGCAACUUGCAGCUGGAGCUGGAGAACAAGAGCCAGAAACUUCAGCGCCAGCUGUCAGACAAGCAACGAAUGGAGGCCCGGCUGCAAGGCAUGGUGACGGAGACCACCAUGAAGUGGGAGAAGGAAUGUGAGCGGCGGGUGGCAGCCAAGCAGCUUGAGAUGCAGAACAAGCUCUGGGUCAAGAAUGAGAAGCUCAAGCAGCUGAAAGCCAUUGUCACGGAGCCCAAGGCCUUCAAACCAGAGAGGCCUUCUCGGGAGAGGGACAGAGAGAAGGCCCUGCCAAGAUCCUUGUCUCCCCCACCAGUCCCUCUUUCCAGUCAGUGCAUCCUUCAGCUCCCCCCCAGCAGCAACAACUACCCCCUGUGGCUGCCUGUUUCAGAUCAGGCCCAGCUGCACAGGCGCUCUAAUUCUUGCAGCAGCAUUUCGGUGGCCUCCUGCAUCUCAGAAUGGGAGCAGAGGACGCCCACUCAUGGCAGCAAGCACCCCGGCAUGGCCAGAGGCAGAACUAGACUGCAAGAGGCAGAGCAAGCGGGGCCCUCCUCACUUGUGUCAGACCGGCGGCGGCAGGGCAUGUGCUGGAGCGGAGACCCCGAGAGCUGGCAAGGGGCUGCAGAGGCGGGCAAGGACCUCUGCUGCAGGAAUGCCCCGCCAGUCCGGAUGCGUCACCGGCGCUCCCGCUCAGCCGGGGAGAGGUGGGUAGACCACAAACCCCCUUCCCAUGUCCCGAUGGAUACCGUCAUGAAGCCCCACAUGCCUCAUGCCAUUACGGUGGCUACCGCCAAUGAAAAGGCCCUGGCCAAGUGCGACAAGUACAUGCUGACCCACCAGGAGCUGGCUUCGGACGGGGAGAUUGCCACAAAGCUGAUCAAGGGCGAUGUUUACAAGACCCGAGGUGGUGGACAAGCCGUCCAGUUCACUGAGAUUGAGACCCUAAAACAAGAAUCCCCCACAGGUCGCAAGAGGCGCUCGUCUCCCUUGAGCCCGGUCCCUCCAGAGGAGGCCACAGAAUCCGACUGGACUGAUGUGGAGACAAGAUGUUCUGUUGCUGUGGAGAUGAAGGCUGGCUCACACCUGGGUCCCGGAUAUCAGCACCAUGCUCAGCCCAAGCGCAAAAAGCCGUGAAGCCCUGAGGCGAAAGACUUCCAUUGCUGGCCAGUGGCUAAAGGGAAAGGACAAAUAUGUAUUCAAAAGCUUUUUCACGUCAACACUUGUGUUCCUGCCAUUUUUUCCCUGUUGUAGUUUGCAGCUUAUUAAGAGACUAUUUAAGACAAGCCGCUAUUUAUUUAGCUGUGCCGACAAUGCACUUUAGAACUCCCUUGGUUAUUUAUUUCUCGUGUCAGGGCAGCCAGUCAAUUAUAUUACAUUUCUAACAGAACAAAGCAAACACACAGAGAAAAUACAAAAUGUAUGAGUUUGGUA